UACCAUCACUAACACCCAAUAAUCAGCUGUUCCAAACAAAAACAAAGCCAGCUUGUCGAAGGGGGCGGAAAGGAAAAUUCGCUUUUCGCCCGUUUUUCCGUUUUCCAAGCUUGCGUGCGCGCAGCUGCAAACAAUUUUCCAGCACGCGCAGCACCCGAGCUGUGGGACAACUGUCUAAAUGGCUGGCAGAGUCGUUUGUUGCCUGUUCGCGUAAUGGCCUCGGUGAAAAAUCGGCAGAACAUUUGAAACGCAGCGAAAUAACAAAGGAAAAACAACCGAUUUUCCUCUGCGGGGUCAAGUGAUAGGGGCGAAUUAAUAUAAUCCCAAAAACCAACACAAAUCGAGUGCAAUUAAAAUUCAAACAAACUGUGAUUGUGAGAUCGAAAACCCCCCAACCACACACAAAAGGGGAGUGUCCAUAGUAUCGUUAUCAAAUUUAACCGGAAACCAGGACAGGACACCAACUCAGAGGCAGCCUCAAGAUGUCGUCGGUUAAGGUGGCGGUGCGAGUGCGCCCCUUCAACUCACGGGAAAUAGCCAGGGAGUCGAAAUGCAUUAUCGAGAUGAGCGGGGCCACAACGGCCAUUACCAACCCAAAAGUACCGCCAAACACAAGCGAGUCGGUGAAGCGAUUCAACUUUGAUUACUCCUACUGGUCACAUGAUCACCACGAUGCCGACUUCUCCACACAAUCGAUGGUCUACAAGGACAUUGGGGAGGAGAUGCUGCAGCACUCCUUCGAUGGCUACAAUGUCUGCAUUUUCGCCUACGGCCAGACUGGUGCUGGCAAGUCGUACACCAUGAUGGGCAGGCAGGAGGAGCAGCAGGAGGGUAUCAUACCCAUGAUUUGCAAGGAUCUAUUCGGUCGUAUCCAGCAAACAGAGACCGACGAUCUCAAAUAUUCGGUGGAAGUCUCUUAUAUGGAAAUUUAUUGCGAGCGUGUCCGGGAUCUUCUGAAUCCCAAAAACAAGGGCAAUCUACGAGUCAGAGAGCAUCCUCUGCUGGGUCCUUAUGUUGAGGACUUGUCGAAAUUGGCAGUCACUGAUUACCAGGACAUACACGAUCUCAUUGAUGAGGGAAACAAGGCUCGAACUGUGGCCGCCACCAACAUGAACGAAACCAGCUCCCGUUCCCAUGCGGUGUUUACCAUCUUUUUCACCCAGCGCCGACAUGAUACGAUGACCGAUCUGAUCACAGAGAAGGUAUCCAAGAUCAGCUUGGUGGAUCUUGCUGGCUCGGAGCGAGCUGAUUCCACCGGCGCCAAGGGCACCCGCUUGAAGGAGGGAGCCAACAUCAAUAAGUCGCUGACUACUUUGGGCAAAGUUAUCUCAGCUCUGGCGGAAGUUUCUGCCUCUAAGAAAAAGAAUGCCAAGAAGGCAGACUUUAUUCCGUAUCGUGAUUCGGCCCUGACUUGGUUACUCCGUGAAAACCUGGGAGGUAAUUCCAAAACUGCUAUGAUUGCCGCCAUCUCCCCGGCAGAUAUCAACUAUGAUGAAACUCUCAGCACACUGCGCUAUGCGGAUCGUGCCAAGCAAAUUGUUUGCAAGGCUGUCGUCAACGAAGACGCCAAUGCCAAGCUUAUUCGCGAACUCAAGGAGGAGAUCCAGAAACUCCGGGAUCUAUUGAAAGCCGAGGGUAUUGAAGUACAAGAAGGACCCGAUGGCAAAGUGGUGUGUGAGAAGCGCGAUGCGAAUAAGGACGAACUCACCAAGUCCACGGUGAUCAAGUCACCCACUAAGUCCCGAAACCGCAAUGGAUCCACCACGGAAAUGGCAGUGGAUCAGCUCCAAGCCAGCGAGAAACUAAUAGCAGAACUCAACGAGACCUGGGAGGAGAAACUCAAGCGCACCGAGGAGAUUCGUCUGCAACGUGAGGCGGUCUUUGCCGAGAUGGGCGUGGCCGUCAAGGAGGAUGGCAUUACUGUGGGCGUGUUCUCACCUAAGAAAACCCCACAUCUGGUGAAUCUUAAUGAAGAUCCCAAUCUUUCCGAAUGUCUGCUCUACUACAUCAAGGACGGCUUGACCCGUUUGGGUACGCAUGAGGCAAAUGUGCCCCAAGACAUUCAGCUCUCCGGUUCGCACAUCCUCAAGGAGCACUGCACUUUCGAGAACCGCAACAGCACGGUUACCCUGUUGCCGCACAAGGACGCCAUCAUCUAUGUGAAUGGCCGUAAAUUGGUAGAACCGGAGGUCCUCAAGACCGGAUCACGAGUGAUUUUGGGCAAGAACCAUGUCUUCCGCUUCACCAAUCCGGAGCAGGCCCGCGAGCUGCGCGACAAGAUCGAGACCGAGACCGAGGCGGAGAACGAGGUGGAGAAGGCCGACACCCAGCAGGUGGACUGGAACUUUGCCCAGUGCGAGUUGCUCGAGAAGCAGGGCAUCGAUCUCAAGGCCGAGAUGAAGAAGCGAUUGGACAACCUGGAGGAGCAAUACAAGCGGGAGAAGCUCCAGGCCGACCAGCAGUUCGAGGAGCAGCGCAAGACCUACGAGGCCCGCAUCGAUGCCUUGCAGAAGCAAGUGGAGGAGCAAUCGAUGACCAUGUCGAUGUAUAGCAGCUACUCUCCGGAGGACUUCCACCAGGAGGAGGAUGUCUACACCAACCCAAUGUACGAGUCCUGCUGGACUGCCCGAGAGGCUGGUUUGGCUGCCUGGGCCUUCCGCAAAUGGCGUUACCAUCAAUUCACAUCCUUGCGGGAUGAUCUCUGGGGCAAUGCUAUAUUCCUCAAGGAGGCCAAUGCCAUUUCCGUUGAGUUGAAGAAGAAGGUGCAAUUUCAAUUCACGCUCUUGACCGACACCUUGUACUCUCCCCUGCCACCUGAGCUUGCCUCCAGCAUGGCCCCUCUCCAGCAGGAGGAUGAGUUCGGAGCUCCGCCAGUCUCCAAGACCUUGGUGGCCGUGGAGGUGACCGAUACCAAGAACGGAGCCACUCAUUACUGGUCGCUGGAGAAGCUACGCUAUCGCCUCGAGUUGAUGCGACAGAUAUACAAUGUCGAGAGUCCGCCAUCAUCCAUGCUUUUCGAUACGUCCGGCAUGGAGACGCUAUCCGGAUUCGUUCCACCACCAAACCAGGAUAGUCCACAGCAGCCGGAGCCGCCAGUCGAGGCCAAUGAUCGGGGCAGGCUCACGCUGGCGAAUCUGAUACCGUCUAGACAACGCCUGGAGCUGAUGCGCGAAAUGUAUCACAAUGAGGCCGAGAUGAGCCCCACUUCGCCGGAUUACAACGUGGAGAGCCUCACUGGUGGGGAUCCCUUCUACGACCGAUUCCCCUGGUUCCGGAUGGUCGGACGCUCCUUCAUCUAUCUGAGCAACUUGCUCUACCCCGUUCCCUUGGUCCACAAGGUGGCCAUCGUCAAUGAGCGUGGCGACGUGCGUGGCUAUCUGAGGAUUGCCGUUCAACCGGUCCUGGACGAGGAGUCUAUUGACUUUAAUAAUGGUGUGAAGCAGUCGGCUCGCUUGGUCUUCAACGAGGAUGAUGCCAAGCCCAAGUACCGAGCUCUGAACGAAAAGGAUGAUGUCCAGAAGUACAUUGAUAAUGGAGGUCUUGAAAGCAAACUCGAUGCGGAACUCGAGGACGUGGAUUCUGGUCGUGGCAUUGACUCCAACUCUGCUUCCGAGUGCCAUGAGAAUGCCGAGGAGCCAGGUGAACAUUUGCAAGUGGGCAAGGAAUUCACUUUCCGUGUCACUGUGCUCCAGGCCACUGGCAUUGGAGCUGAAUAUGCAGACAUCUUCUGUCAGUUUAACUUCUUGCAUCGUCAUGAGGAGGCCUUCUCCACCGAACCGGUCAAGAACUCAGCUUCGGGCGCUCCCUUGGGCUUUUAUCAUGUUCAGAAUAUUACUGUUCCCGUGACCAAGUCCUUUAUUGAGUAUUUGAAGACCCAACCCAUCAUGUUCAAGAUCUUUGGACACUACCAGACACAUCCUUUGCACAAGGAUGCCAAGCAGGAGUUUGUAUCCCGGCCACCACCCCGUCGUAUGCUGCCCCCCAGCAUUCCCAUCAGCCAGCCAGUGCGCAGCCCCAAGUUUGGACCCCUACCCUGUGCACCCACUUCCACUGUUCUGGCCAAGCACGAUGUCUUGGUCUGGUUCGAGAUUUGUGAAUUGGCUCCCAAUGGAGAAUAUGUCCCAUCGGUGGUAGAGCACAGCGACGAUCUUCCUUGCCGGGGAUUGUUCCUUCUGCAUCAGGGCAUCCAGCGGCGUAUUCGCAUCACCAUCGUCCACGAGCCCACUGCGGAGGUCAAGUGGAAGGACAUCAACGAGUUGGUGGUGGGUCGCAUUCGCAAUACUCCAGAGUCAUCGGAUGAGCAGGACGAGGAUGCCUGUGUCCUGUCGCUGGGUCUCUUCCCCGGCGAGGCACUGGAGGUGCCCGGGGACGAUCGCUCCUUCUACCGCUUCGAGGCGGCCUGGGACUCCAGCCUGCACAACUCGGCGCUGCUCAACCGCGUCUCCCAGGGCGGCGAGACCAUCUAUAUUACUCUGAGCGCUUAUUUGGAGUUGGAGAACUGCGCCCGCCCGGCCAUUAUUACCAAGGACCUGAGCAUGGUCAUUUACGGACGCGAUGCCCGUACUGGCCCCCGUUCCCUGAAGCAUCUCUUUUCCGGACAAUACCGCAACCCGGAGGCCAACCGCCUCACCGGAGUAUACGAGCUGGCGCUGCGCAGAGCAUCCGAAGCAGGUAGUCCAGGUGUGCAGAGGCGCCAGCGUCGAGUGCUGGACACCAGUUCCACGUAUGUACGCGGUGAGGAGAACCUGCAUGGCUGGCGGCCAAGGGGCGACUCCCUGAUCUUCGACCAUCAGUGGGAGCUGGAGAAACUCACUCGGUUGGAGGAGGUGGGAAGAAUGCGGCACUUGCUUUUGCUGCGCGAGCGUCUGGGAAUGGACACCAACCCGAAUCCGACCACCAAGACCGAGAAGGAUGUGUGCAAUCUGGCUGCCCGGGCGGCCACCUCACCGGUUCACAUGGUGAUUCCCCAGUCACCUCAAACGCCCAUCAAGGAUCCGCAACAAAUCAUUCCAGAAAGGCAAUACAACCAAAGGGAGCAGGAUCUUAUGCUCAAGUGCUUGAAGCUGGUGCAGGGACGCUACACCAAGAGCGAGGCCAAUGACACACAGACCCAGUCGGACGUCUCGCCCAGCGACGAGGGCUGUGCCGACAUGACCGUCAGCUGCAUCUCUAGCAACUCCAUGGAAAACAACAAAUUUGUAAUUCGACGCAGAUUAUGUUCGCCCGAUCGGUCCGAUGCCCCCAACGGCUGGGAGGCCCCUGCUCCGGCCACUCAGCCGGCCCUGCCCCUACGCCUCUAUGUCCCGGAGCUGGAGGAGAUUCGUGUUAGCCCUGUAGUCGCCCGCAAGGGUCUCUUGAAUGUUCUGGAGCAUGGCGGCUCUGGAUGGAAGAAGCGCUGGGUGAUUGUUCGUCGUCCUUAUGUGUUUAUCUACCGCUCGGAGAAGGAUCCCGUUGAACGGGCUGUCCUUAAUCUAGCCACCGCCCAAGUCGAGUGCAGUGAAGAUCAGGCGGCCAUGGUCAAGAUUCCGAACACCUUCAGUGUGGUGACCAAGCAUCGUGGCUACUUGCUCCAGACCCUUGGCGACAAAGAAGUGCACGACUGGCUGUAUGCCAUUAACCCCUUGCUGGCUGGGCAGAUCAAAUCUCGACUGGCGCGAAGGACUUUGGAGCCGGCCAGCCAGACGGUCUCCCAGAUCCAGGCCAACAACGCCGCGAAUGCCAGCAGUGCGAACAAAUGAGAUACGAUCACGAUGGAAUCCGUUUUGGUUUACUGAGACGCAGGCUAUGGCUGGCUGCAGCGCCUGAACAUCGCCCGGCAUCUGAUCCGCAGACGAUCGCAAUCAUCAAUAGGAGCGGGAUCAGGAUCAGGUCUAGAGGCAGGUGCAGCGGCUGGCAAUUAAUUGACAUGGCCAGGAUUCCAUCGGAAGUUUGUAGGAGGAGGCAGGGGAAAUGCUGAGACAGCAAAAAUAUAAAUCGAAUGGGAAAAACAGAGAUUAUGAGUAAAAGAGAAACCAAAUGCAAAGCGUACGUAAUUAAUAAGUAGUUCAACAACCAGUUUAUGGAUUAUUAUGUAUUUCGUGAUUAGUUUUCGGGCCCAGGCCUAGAAAAAAGUAGGCAGUGUAGUCGUUCCAGUCAAAAACUAUAGCCUACGUAUUAAAUACCGAUUCUGUUUAGUGUUUUUUCGGACCAGUUUUGUAAAUAGCUUUCGUUUCCUUGGAUUGUAUAAAUAUUUGGUAUUAGUUAAUGAAUCGAAUCGUUUAGUUUGGUUUCCCCACGUGAUAUUAUGUUGAUCAGUUUAGAGUACGUAUAAUUUUUUCCGAAUAUGCGAUAAUUAUGAAUUGCUUUUAAUGCAAAACUCACACACACGUAUAUGCAUUUUAAUGGAGCAAACUAAAGCAACACACAGACAUAUAUAUAAAAAGAAUGAUCUAUAUAUAAUGAAUUAAUGUAUAAAACCCUAUAUAUUUGCUGUUUAUACACAAAUUUUCAUGUACUUGUAUCUUGUAUUGUUUAAAUGAGAAACAAAAAAAAAAAGAGAGCAGGCAACCGCCGGAGGUAAUUAUGAUACCAAAAAAUAAUAUGUGUGUGUUGAUGAAAGACCGUACAGUAUAUAGGAUAUAGGAGUCGUGAGGUAUAAGCUCAGCAGAAUUGCGAAAUCUCAACAAAGAUAACGAUUAUUGUUAGAUCUAUAUAUACAUAAAAGCAACCAGAACUAUAUGCGAAUGAAACUAUUUUACACACCAGAGUUAUGAACCAUGAAAAGGCGCUGCUAAAAAAUAAACAGAUGCCGCCCCAUAUUGUCAACUGUUGACUGCUUUUAAGGCUUUUUCUCCCUCACAAAUAUGUGUACACCCCCUCAAAAAAAAAAAAACGAAAAAAAUGGAUAAAAAAAAAACAGUUUCGCUUCUAUGUAAUGCUCCCACUCGGAACCACCUGCAAAAGCUUCAAGCAACAAGUUUAUGGAACAACCAAUUGUAGUUUUGAUAAGAGUCUUAAAAUAGUAUGCAAACGGCCACCUGUACAUUUCCCCGAAAACCAAAAACCCGAAAAACGAACCCAAAAAUUAACGCUUUGCUUGCCAUUCAAGAGUUACGAUUAUGAUAUUUAAUUUGCAAUUAAACCUUCGGUUGGAGGACGAGCUUAGGUCGGUAAAUGGAUCAAUUUAGUUGGGGGAGACAACGGAGUGCCUGACUUGUGCCUGGAUCACAAGACGCGGCCUCACAUACGUUGUAGAAAGGACACUUUCGUUUGUGUCCACCACAAGGACACAGAACGUUAAGUGAUCGCUGCUGGAUCGGAUAAUACGAUAAUAUCGUGUAUCGUUUUGGGUUUUGAGUAAAAUGAGUCGGCGUUUUCGGUUUUGAGUUAAAUUGUAGCAAAAUGUAAACAUUUGUUAAACUAUUGAAUUAAUUUCGAAUUGUAACAUAUUAGAGAAUUGUAAUUACAAUAAUCAUUAUAUGAGUAUAUAUAUAUGAUAUCUAUGUAAUAAUCCUUUUGGCCCAGUUUGAAUUAAACAAUUGCACACACAGACACAAAUCCAAACACAGAGAGCUAUUAAUUAGCAAAAAAAAUAUACAAAAAACAAAACAAAAGCGAGUUAAUGAGCAAAGAAACUCCACUUAUAUAUGCGUAUAUAGUACAUACAAUACAUUUCAAAAUCUAUCCAAGAUAUACAUUGGCUAUAUAAUUAUAUAUCUAUGUGUAUGUAUGAGAGGAUUGCCUGGAAACAACUCCAAGUGGUGGCGGUGGAGCAGAACCAAUGCGGAUCACACUGAAGGAGUUCAGGCGGGAAAAUAUUGAGGUAUUGGAGAAUAAAAAUCCGGAAUGAAAUGAAAACCUAUGCUAUGUGUAUGUAUAAUCCAAAAAAAACAUUGAUAUAUGCCAGGGCGUAUCACUAUUAAAGAAAUAUAAAAUAAAACGGCUUUAAAUAAAAUCUGUAAA